UGCGGAGCGGAGGCUGAGCUGUGCCGCGUGCCUCUGGUUCGUGUUGUAAGUCUGAGCUGCGCAGUCCCCGUAACUCCACCCUCAGGGUCUUGGGAGUCACUACGGACCUUAAGUCCGAGCACCCGGCCUUCCGCCCCGAGUAAAUCCAGACGUCGGCGUUACUGACUGUUUUCAGCUUUCAAGAUUGACCUCUAAAGACUCAUGUUGCCUGAGGAAGAAACCUGGAAGAGGAGGAAGAGGAAAGAAAAGGGAUCAGGAAUCGCUCUUUCUCAGGCACGGUUAACCUUCAAGGAUGUGUUCAUCAGAUUUACUCAGGAGGAGUGGGAAUGCCUGGACCCUGCCCAGAGGGCCUUGUACAGGGACGUGAUGCUGGAGACCUACAGGAACCUGCUCUCCCUGGGUGUCUCUGAUAUACAUGUGAUCAAGAAAUUUCAACCACAAGUGAACAGUGAUGCAGGAGACAUAUUCCAAACAGUCAUGUCAGGAAUACAUGAAAGCCAUGAAUUCCAGCAUUUUUACCUUGGGAAAAUCCAGGAAAAUAUGUCAUAUGACUUUGAGUGUCAGGGCAGAGAUGAUGAAAGCAAUGACAAAGAAAUGCCUGUAACCCCAAAAGGAGAUCUCACUGAUGGAAGAGAUGGACAUGGUAGAAGGGAUGCAGGAAAUAAGCCUCUUGGAAAUAGGCUUGGAUUACAAUUUCAGGAUAAACUGCAGGUAUUUCAAACUGAAGGAAUAAUUUACAAAUGUAAUGAAAUCGAGAAGUUUACUAACAGUUUCUCAUCUUCACCACUUCAGAGAAUUCCUCCUAGUGUCGAAACCAACAUGCCUGCCAUCUGUGGGAAUGAUAUUACGCAUCCAUCAGUACAGACACAAGACCAGGAAGCACACAGAAAAAGACCUUAUAAGUGUAACAAGUGUGGCAAAACCUUUUAUCGGAGCUCUUACUUCACUAGACAUCAAGUAAUCCACGUAGCAGAGAAAUUAAACAAAUGUGAAGUAUGUGGCAAAGUCUUUAGUCGAAAUUCAAACCUUGUAGCUCAUCGCAAAGUUCACACUGGAGAGAAACCUUACAAAUGUGAUACGUGUGGCAAAGCCUUUAGUGUGCGUUCAUCCUUAACUGACCAUCAGGUAAUUCAUACAGGAGAGAAACCAUAUGAAUGUGAUGUGUGUGGCCAGUGUUUCUGUCGCAGGUCACAACGUGCCUGUCAUUACAGGAUUCAUACCAGGGAGAAGCUUUACAAAUGUCAUGUAUGUGACAAAACCUGUCGUAGGAGCUCACAUCUUACUGCACAUCAGAUAAUCCACAUAGGGGAAAAAUUAUAUAAAUGUGAGGUAUGUAGCAAAGUGUUUAAUGAAAAUUCACAUGUUGUAAUUCAUCACAGAAUUCAUACUGGAGAGAAACUUUACAAAUGUAAUGAGUGUGGCAAGGCCUUUAGUCAAAAAUCACGUCUUGCAAGUCAUCAAAGAAUUCACACUGGAGAGAAGCCUUACAAAUGUGAUGCGUGUGGCAAAGCCUUUAGUGUGCGUUCAUCCUUAACCGACCAUCAGGUAAUUCAUACAGGAGAGAAACCAUAUGAAUGUGAUGUGUGUGGCCAGUGUUUCUGUCGCAGGUCACAACGUGCCUGUCACUACAGGAGUCAUACCAGAGAGAAGCUUUACAAAUGUCAUGUAUGUGACAAAACCUUUUGUAGGAGCUCACAUCUUACUGCACAUCAGAUAAUCCACGCACAGGAAAAAUUAUAUAAAUGUGAGGUAUGUGGCAAAGUGUUUAAUAAAAAUUCACACGUUGCAAUUCAUCACAGAAUUCAUACUGGAGAGAAACCUUACAAGUGUAAUGAGUGUGGCAAGGGCUUCGGUCAAAAAUCAAACCUUACACGUCAUCAGAGAAUUCAUUCUGGAGAGAAACCUUACAAAUGUAAUGCAUGUGGCAAGGCCUUUAGUCAAAAUUCACAUCUUGCAAAUCAUCAAAGAAUUCAUGCUGGAGAGAAACCUUACAAAUGUAAUGAGUGUGGCAAGUACUUCACUGUGUUUUCAAGCUGAACUUAACCAUCAGGAAAUCCACACUGGUGAGAGACUUUAAAAAAUGUAAUAAAUGUGACAAUGCUUUUAGCAGGUGUUUACACCUUAUGCUUCAUAAGAAAAGUCAUACUGGAUACAAGUCAGGUAAGUAUCUUUAGUGUGACAAGGCCUUUAGAUAAGGAAUUCAUUCAUCAAAUAAUUCUUUCUGGAGAUUACCCCACAAAUACCAUGUUUGUGGAAAACCGUUACUCGUAGCUCACAUCUUGCCAAUCAUAUCAAUUCAGACUGGACUGAACAUUACAGAUAUGCUGAAUGUGGCAGAGCUUGUAGGUUGUGCCUUAAACUCAGAUUUCACCAAAUACUUCAUACUUAAAAAUGCAGUGAUUGUGGCAAAGUGUCUUAAUUAUUGCUCAGUUGUCACCAGAUAUAGGAAUAAUUAAUCCUGGAGAGAAACUACAUAAAUGUAAUGUGUGUGGUAAGGAUUCUGCCAAAGAUCCCAAGUUGGGGAACAUGCUGAAGCAAAGCUUUAAAAAUGCUGUGAGUGUGGCAAAACUUUUCCGUGAUUUCAGGUAUUCUGCAACAGCAGAGUCCAUAUUGAAGAGAAACCAUGAAACUACAUGGGCAGAGGUUUUUCCCCAGGUCUCACAAUGUACUAGACUUCAGAAUAUAUUUACAUCUUUGAGAGACAGCACACAAUAGCAGUUUGUAUGAUAAGGGUUGUAUCUGAAGAUCGAAACUGGAACAAGGAGAAUUGAUGUUGAAAAGUAACCUUACAAAUGUAAUGAAUGUUUUACAUUUUUUCAUCAAGUAUCCCUACCUUUGGCAUGAGAGAAUUCAUGCAGAACAGAAACUAUACAGAUAUACUGAACAUGGAAACACCUUUAAGAAACAGUGUGUCCUCAGUGUUCACCAGAGAACUUACAUUGAGAGAACCCUUGCUAAUGAAAGGAUUCUUAAGGAUUCUCCCAGUAUUUAAAUUUUUAAAAACUUUUUGAGCAUUUGUAACAAUUCAUACAUCAGAAAAUUCAUACUAGGAAUAAAGGUCUCCAGUUAUCUGAGAGAAGUCUCAGAUAUUACAUACUGCAGUGUCAUUACAAGUCACAAUAUGCCAAAGUUCAUGACGUGAUGUGUAUAUGACAGGAAGAAGGACAUGUGAGAAAAUACCCCAUUAUCUUCAGUGUAUAAAUAUUUAAUUAUAUGUUUUUGUUUUGAAAAGGCUACAUUACUAUUUAUGCCUUUCAACCUGAAGUUUGAAGUCUGUUGAUCUUCUGCCUUCAUUACAGGCCUUUCAUGAUGGUCUCUGGAAGGAAGACAUCAAAUGAAGGGACUGACUACAUUCGGUGUGGUUCAUUCACACCCAUGUUCCCUGGAAAAACCAUGCUGAAUUGUCCAAAAAAUUUUUUUUAAUUUUUAUUGGAGUUGAUUUACAGUGUUGUUGCUUUCAGGUGUACAGUAAAGUGAGUCAGUUAUACAUAUGCAUAUAUCCAGUCUUUUUUAGAUUCUUUUCCCAUAUAGGACAUUACAGAGUGUUGAGUAGAGUUCCCUGUUGAAUGAUCAGAUUUAAUAUUGUGUGAAUUAGCAUCAAGAAGGGGCAGAGAAUAAUGUAAAACUAUGACCUGACUCACCAUGUUUAUUAUAUUCAGGUGCCUGUCCAUAGAUAGGCCAGUGUGGGUUAUAGGAAAGAAGGCUCUACCACCUAACAUCUAACAGAGCAGGCAGGACACGAAGGGACAGGGUUUUUCAUGGGAGAGUGACAGGUUACGAGGGACUGAUUAUCUGGUAGAAAUAUUGCAGGGGAAAUUUGGUCACUUUCUCCAUUGAAUGGAAAUAGCUGUUACUAUAUAUCUAUGAUUAAUGAAAAAUUAUCUUAUUUUUGGAAAUUUAGGAGAGCAGUUAUCUUGAGAGAAAAUUUUAACCGAAAGAACCAGAAUAGUAUCUGUAUGUAUAUGAUUCAUAUUUAACUGCCGUUAUUACAUUUUGCUACUGUUUUAUUCAAAAAGUAUCAUAGGUCUCAUGUUUGAAUUAAUAAAAUUUAAUCACUUUUUUCAUAACCCUGGGUGAAUUAUGUACCUUCCACCAACACAGUUUUCUCUCACCUCGGUAUGUUAUAACAGAAGCUAACAAUGCUCUCAGGGUACUUCUAUUAAAAUGCAGAAAUUGAACUGAGGAAAUUUAAAGAUUUAAUUGGCUUUCUUGAGUGAUUCAUAAAUUGGGCUGCAUCCCAUCUAUUAAGAGGUGCUCAAAGGAGCUGUACAAUUUGGAAAGUUUUUUUAUGUAUUUAUUUUUUGGCUGCGUUGGGUUUUCGUUGCGUAUGGGCUUUCUCUUCAUUGCAGUGCGCGGGCUUCUCAUUGCGGUGGCUUCUGUUGCAGAGCACAGGCUCUAGGUGUGUGGGCUUCAGUAGUUGUAGCCCGUGGCUCAUGGGCUGUAGAGCACAGGCUUAGUAGUUGUGGUGCACAGGCUUAGUUGCUCCGCAGCACAUGGGAUCUUCCGGACCAGGGAUGGAAACCGUGUCCCCUGCGUUGGCAGGUGCAUUCUUAACCACUGCACCACCAGGAAAGUCCCUGGAAAGCAUUUGUAGGCAGAACCUGGGUGGGAUGAAGUUAUUAAUUAAGAAAAAAAAAAUUGUUUCAGGCAAGGUCACAUUUUGGGGUUAGGGGAAGGAGGGCAAACGUCACUAGUGUUCACAGACUUGCAGAGUGAUUGGUUUAAGGUCAUAUUACUGGGAGCAGUGAAACUGCAGUCAAAUUUGGUAUGUUGUCCUCCCAGUGACUCCACCUUGGGACUGUUUUUUUUUUUUUGGGGGGGGGGGGUA